GCCAGCCAUCCAGAUAUGAGGAAGGGAUUUCCUUCAGAGCCCAAGUAAACAGCCUGUUACCUGUUUCCAGAAGAUGUUGAUUCCAACACAAGAACUUUGAAUCUUCCAGGGGAGUUUGGAAGCAGAGAUUUAGAUUUCAGAAGCUGGAGAAUCAGUUGCUCUCCAAAGAUGUAUUUGGGGGAUAAAAGGUUCCUGUGUCAAAUUCCACACCUGCUGGCACUGGGGACUCUCAUGUUGCUGGCCACAGUCAUGCUGAAGUACAGCCGUUGGCAGUGUGACUCCAGCUAUCUGGAGAGAGACACCAUGGACCUCCGAGGUCAGUACUGCAAGGACCAGUUCUACCAGUCAGUGAAACUCUCCCCUAAGGAGAAGAUCAGUUGCUCUGGGAUCAGCAGAGGAGACACAAAGGCUUUGCAGGACGCUCUGGUGAGCAAGGUGCAAUGGAAAAACAAACGGGUGGCCUUAGACGAGAUGUUCUACCUGAACGUAACCAAGGAUUGUCAGAACUUUAAAGAAAGGAGAAGAUUCAUUGGGUUCCACCUGAGUGAAGAGGAAAAAAACUUCCCUAUUGCUUAUUCCAUGGUGAUCCAUGAGAAGAUUGAGAUGUUUGAAAGGUUACUGAGAUCCAUCUUUGCUCCUCAGAACGUAUACUGUGUCCACGUGGACAGCAAAUCUCCCAAACUUUUCCAAAAAGCCGUUCAGGCCAUUGCCUCCUGCUUCGACAAUGUUUUUCUGGCUUCUAAGCAGGAGAGCGUGGUGUAUGCCUCUUGGUCGAGGGUCCAAGCUGAUCUGAACUGCAUGAAGGAUCUGCUUCAAAGCAAGAUGCAUUGGAGGUACCUCCUGAACACCUGUGGGACCGAUUUCCCUAUCAAGACAAACACAGAGAUCGUCCGAGCCCUAAAACUGCUGAACGGGAAAAACAACAUGGAGUCUGAGAAACCAUCAUCCUAUAAAAAGAACCGCUGGAAAUACCACCACGAAGUGACCAAUAGCAUCGUCCAGACCAAGAUGACAAAGAGUCCCCCUCCCCAAAAGUCUCCCAUGCAUACUGGCAAUGCCUACAUCGUGGUCACUAGGGAGUUUGUCCAGCACCUCUUCGAGGACCCGACCGCCAGGCGCUUGAUCGAGUGGUCCAAGGAUACGUACAGCCCGGAUGAGCAUCUCUGGGCCACCUUGCAUCGGAUGCCGGAGGUGCCAGGCUCAGUCCCUUCCAAUGACAAAUUUGACCUCACAGACAUGAACUCUAUUGCCCGGCUGGUAAAGUGGUCCUACAUUGAAGGGGACAUCAGCAAGGGAGCCCCUUACGGCCAGUGUUCUGGAGCCUACCGGCGGGCAGUCUGCGUGUAUGGGUUUGGAGACCUCCCCUGGCUACUCUCACAGCACCACCUCUUUGCCAACAAGUUCGACCCCAGCGUUGACGACUGUGUCAUCCAAUGUUUGGAAGAGUAUCUGCGCUACAAGGCCAUCUAUCAAGAGCCCCUCUGAGCGUGGCCCACCCCUCAAGGACAGGGGAUUCGGCUAAGAGCAGGACAGACAGGUUUUGGCCUAUCAGAUGUGCCGGACCUCACGCCCUGGGAGACCUUCGGCAUUCUGAAAGACUUUAUGGUCCUAGACCUGAGAUUCAGGGACCUUGCAAACCGUCAGGUAGGGAGAUGAUUUCCCCCCUGGGGCAGAGGGUGGAAGGGGACUUGCGCAACCACACUUGUUCAAUUUCAGCAGAACUGGCACUGUGGGUUGGAAUUAUGAGUCAUUCUCCUGCCUUGUGUUGCUUCCUUGUUGGGGGGAAAAUGUGUGUCUGACGAACAUAUGUAUUUGGAUUCCGUCCUUCUAUAUUUUUAAGGUAGGGUGGAAAGGAGAAGCUGGCAUUUUAUCAUUCAUUUCCGUCGAUCAGUUUUCUGUCUGGGGGAAACAGCUGUGAUAAUUGUGUACUGAUCGGGUAAGAGGGAACUGUUGGGGAAGGUGCUCCUCCUCC